GAGUUGGUAAAGAAGAAAACGGGAUUUGAUUUGAAGAAAAUUUUGGAACAGCAGCCAUGGCGGAAACUGGGUGGGGCUUUGCCGUGGAAGGAGGCGCAAAGGCAUCUAGGCUUUUGUUUCCUUUUAAAUUUUCAUUUUUUUAUUUAUCAAGAGUGAAAUUGAGAAUCAAUUCCUGCUGUAUAAAAGUGGUCGAACGUCUGCAAUUUGUACUUGUAUUUAUGUUUUGGGGAUGAAGUUGAACCAUCACUGUCUGCAAUUUGUUUUGGGGAUGGACCAUCCUUUUUGUCUUUUAUCUCUUGACUCACUACCGUCUAUGUAGGUCUGGAGAUGUAGAAAAGUAAUUUGUGGUAAUUAUCUUUACUAAUGUGUGUAUAAAUAGCACUCUAAAUUACUCAUUCCUCACACCAAUCACCUACUUGAUAUCUAUAUGGCUAGAGUCAUGAGACUUGUUCCACUACUCACCUUUCUUCUAUCCAUUGCGUCUUUUACACUUAGCUUAUGCAAUGGAAACCUGAAUGUGCCUUGCCCAGAAAAUGAGAGACAAACACUUCUUAUGUUCAAGAAAGAUCUCAAUGAUUCUUCAAAUCUGCUUUCCUCUUGGGUUGCUGAAGGCGAUUGUUGCACCUGGACCGGUGUUGCCUGCGACAAUUUAACCGGUCAUGUCCGUGAGCUCCACCUUGCUGCUUAUUAUGAUGAAGUGGCUGGUGAGUACCAUAGGCUGGGUGGUAAGGUAAAUCCUUCUCUACUCAAUUUAAAGCAUCUCACCUACUUGGACUUGAGCUACAAUGAUUUUGGAGGACGACAGUUUCCUAGCUUUCUUGGUUCUCUUAAAGGUUUAAGAUAUCUUAAUCUCUCAGAUGCAAGGUUCGACGGAACCGUUCCUCAUCAGUUGGGAAAUCUCUCGAGCCUGCGUUAUCUGGACCUUUCUGGGAACUAUGGUUCGAAGGUCGAGAAUCUCAAAUGGCUCUCUGGUCUUUCUCAGUUGAAACAUCUUGGCAUGAGUUGGGUAGAUCUUACCGGGGCAUCUCAUUGGUUACAAGUAAACACACUCCCUUCUCUCCUGGUCGAGUUGCAUUUGUCAGGCUGCGAACUUUCUCACAUACCAAGUGGUAUUGCGAACUUGACAAGUCUUAAAGUUCUUGAUCUAUCCUCCAACUAUUUCAACUCUACCAUACCUCAAGUAAACACACUCCCUUCUCUCCUGGUCGAGUUGCAUUUGUCCUUCUGCGAACUUUAUCACAUGCCAAGUGGUAUUGCGAACUUGACAAGUCUUAAAGUUCUUGAUCUAUCCUGGAACCAAUUCAACUCUACCAUACCUCAAGUAAACACACUCCCUUCUCUCCUGGUCGAGUUGCAUUUGUCAAGAUGCGAACUUUAUCACAUACCAAGUGGUAUUGCGAACUUGACAAGUCUUAAAGUUCUUGAUCUGUCCUUGAACCAAUUCAGCGGAACCAUUACUCAUCAGUUGGGAAAUCUCUCGAGCCUGCGUUAUCUGGACCUUUCUUAUAACUAUGGUUGGAAGGUCGAGAAUCUCAAAUGGCUCUCUGGUCUUUCUCUGUUGAAACAUCUUGGCAUGAGUAAUAUAGAUCUUACCAGGGCAUCUCAUUGGUUACAAGUAAACACACUCCCUUCUCUCCUGGUCGAGUUGCAUUUGUCAAGCUGCGAACUUUAUCACAUACCAAGUGGUAUUCCGAACUUGACAAGUCUUAAAGUUCUUGAUCUACACGGUAACUAUCUCAACUCUGCCAUACCUACAUGGUUGUACAGUUUGAACCAUCUUGAGUCCCUUGAUCUUUCUUCCAAUGCUUUCCAUGGUGAAAUUUCGAGUUCCCUUGGAAACUUGACAGCCCUUGUUGAUCUUGAAUUAGGUUCUAAUCAGCUUGAAGGGGAAAUCCCAAACUCAUUGGGAAAUCUUUGUAAGUUGACUUCUUUUGAUCUAUCGUCAAACAAUUUUCGAGGGAGGGUAUCAGAAAUCUUUGAAAGUUUGUCUAGCUGUAGUUUUGGUCAAAUAUAUUCUUUACAGCUUUCAGAUAAUAAUUUUUCAGGUCAUUUAUCUGAUCAGUUGGGAAUUUUUAAAAAUUUACACCGCCUUGAUCUUUCAAAUAAUUCAAUAUCAGGUCUCAUUCCAGUGUCUUUAGGAAAUCUAUCACGCUUAGAGGAGUUGAUCAUUUCUAACAAUUUAUUCGAGGGCGUUGUCUCUGAAGCUCAUUUUACUAAUCUUACAAGAUUGGAUACCUUUUAUGCAAAUGAGAACUCCUUGACUCUUAAAACUAGCCCGGACUGGGUUCCUCCUUUUCAACUUUCUCUGUUGAGUUUAAGUUCUUGGCGCCUGGACCCAUCACAGUUGCCUGCAUGGCUUCAGAGUCAAAAACAUUUGCUCGCUCUUAAUAUGUCCAGUACAGGAAUUUCAGGUACCAUUCCGGCUUGGUUGUGGAACAUUUCUUCUGUUGAAAGCCAAGAAAUGGGAUAUGCAAGUAUCUUUGUGGAUCUCUCGCGUAAUCAAUUGUCCGGGGAGGUUCCAAAUAUAGCUUCUACCCAUUGGCAAAAACUGGAUUUUUAUUUGCAAACAGUUGACAUUUUUUUAGGAUCUAACCAAUUCAACGGUUCAUUGCCUCUUGUGUCUUCGGCAGUGUUUGUACUAGAUCUUUCCAAUUCAUCAUUUUCAGGAAGUCUCUCUCACUUUUUUUGUGAUACGAGUGAUGUACCUAAAUACCUUCGAGUUCUUCUUCUUGACAACAAUCACCUCACUGGAGAAAUUCCUGAUUGUUGGUUACACUGGCCAAACUUGACAGUAGUGAAUUUAGAAGACAACAAUUUGACAGGGAAAAUUCCAAGCUCUAUUGGAGACUUACUUCUCCUUCAGUCGUUGCACUUGCGCAAUAACAACCUAUCUGGAGAUUUACCCGUGUCCCUCCAAAACUGCGAGCAGUUGUUACUUCUUGACCUUGGUGGAAACAAGUUUGUUGGAAGCAUUCCAAUAUGGUUUGGCCAAAGCUUGGUGGUUCUUAUUCUUCGUUCAAAUAAGUUCCAAGGCACCAUUCCUGAUGAACUUUGUAGUCUCAGAACGCUCCAAAUCUUGGACCUUGCACAUAACAAUCUCUCGGGAACGAUACCUAGAUGUUUCCAAAAUUUGUCAUCCAUGGCCAAUAAAUUUACAAGCAAAGGAGCUUCCGGUACUGAAUUCUCGGUUUAUGAGUUUUAUAGUUCUUCUUUUCAAUUCUCCUACAUAGAGAAUGCAGUUUUUGUGGCCAAAGGCAGAGAAGUGAAAUAUAACACAGUGCUUCGUUUGGUAACUAGCUUGGACCUUUCAAGGAACAUGUUAUUUGGAGAAAUCCCUGAAGAGUUGACCAACCUCACUAGUCUACAAACAUUGAAUUUAUCUGAUAAUCUUCUGACCGGAAGAAUCCCUUCCAAAAUUGGUGAUAUGGGAGCGUUAGAGUCGCUUGAUUUGUCUGUGAACCAACUUUCUGGCGAAAUUUCUCCAAGCAUCUCGAAUUUAACAUUUCUCAAUCAUCUAAAUUUGUCCUAUAACAAUCUGAUUGGGCAGAUUCCAAAAAGCACUCAGCUUCAAAGCUUUGAUUUGUCCAGUUAUGUUGGCAAUAAACUUUGCGGACCACCAUUGGAAGAGCGUUGCAUUAAAAAUGAGGCCAUGCCACCAGUAGGUGAUGAGAAGCAGAGAGAAGGUCAUUUUCUUGAAGACGGUGGUUUCUAUAUGAGUUUGGGGCUUGGUUUUGCAUUCGGGUUUUGGAUUGUUCUUGGUUCAUUACUGUCUAAUGUGCCAUGGAGCAAUGCAUUUUCUCAGUUCCAAAAUCGCAUUGUGAAGAAGUUUUAUGCUGCAAUCGUUGAACGUUAUUAACUAUUUUGUGUUGAUAGAUCAAGUUUGUGUGGUUUGUUUUUACUCUUUUAUUAUCCAAUUAGAAUGUUACAUUGUUGUAUGCUUCUUUGUGCCAAUUUAUUUUGUCUUUUCCUUGGUUUUUUUUCUUUGGUUGUAUAAAAUUGUAAGAUUUGCUUUAUAAAUAUGACAUUCCUAAUA